UUUUCUGGUUACCCCAAGAAAAGGGCACGCAGACCCAAACGGAGCUGAGCUGAUUGCUGAGGUAGCGGUUGCUCCGCGUUUCGGCGUUUCUGUAAUUGCACAGGGCGUCGCGGCGCUACUCAAUCACAAUCACAAUCAGUCUUCUUCUUCUUCUUCUUCUUCUCCCUCAGCCAUUUCCACAACGGAGCUCCCUCUUCCCCUUCUCUUCUCCUCUCUGCAACCUAUCAAUUUGUCAUGGUCUUAGAAGCCCUAGCAACAGCUUCCGCCACCUCCUCCUCUGCUUCCCCGCCUUCCACCAGCAAUUCUACUCUUCCACCACCUCCUCAAGAUGCAUGGACUCUUGCUUACCAGACCUUACUUCCUCACUGGAAAUCUCUCUCCCACUCUCGCAUGUCGCCAAUUCCAAUUUCGAUAUCGAAAGUCAAUCAAGUGGAUGCGGCUCGGCUAGAUAUUGAAAUGUCAGCCAUGUUGAAAGAACAGCUGGUUAAGGUCUUUGCUCUGAUGAAGCCAGGAAUGUUGUUUCAAUAUGAAGCAGAGCUUGAUGCUUUUCUGGAGUUCCUUAUUUGGCGCUUUUCAAUUUGGGUGGACAAGCCCACACCAGGAAUUGCUCUCAUGAAUUUGCGGUAUAGAGAUGAGCGUGCUGUGGAAAUUACAGGAAAAGUCAGAACUGGCUUGGAAGGACCUGGCCUUACAGUUGCUCAAAAGAUUUGGUAUUGUGUGACCACUGUGGGUGGUCAAUACAUUUGGACUCGAUUACAAACAUUUUCUGCUUUCCGUAGAUGGGGAGAUUCAGAUCAGAGGUCACUGGCUAGGCGAGCAUGGCUUUUGAUACAGCGCAUUGAAGGAAUAUAUAAGGCUGCUGCAUUUGGCAACUUGCUCAUAUUUCUUUACACAGGAAGGUAUAGAAAUCUUGUCGAAAGGGUUCUAAGAGCCAGGCUUGUUUAUGGGACUCCUAAUAUGAACAGGGCUGUAAGCUUUGAGUAUAUGAAUCGCCAGUUAGUGUGGAAUGAAUUCUCGGAGAUGUUGCUGUUGCUUCUUCCUCUUCUUAAUUCUUCCUCUGUAAGAAACUUUCUACGUCCAUUUUCUAAGGAGAAGUCUUCAAGCUCAGCCGAGGAUGACAGUGCUUGUCCAAUUUGCCUGGCAAGUCCUACAAUUCCCUUUCUGGCUUUGCCUUGUCAACACAGAUACUGUUACUAUUGCCUCCGGACACGAUGCAUUGCAGCUCACUCAUUUAGAUGUUCCAGAUGCAACGAGCCUGUGGUGGCCAUGCAGCGGCAUGUUGAAGGCACUGCUACAAAUCCCAAACGGUGAUCCCCGUUCCUCGCGGGCAGAGGGAGCAAAUACAAUUCUAAGUAUAGUGAUAAUAACAAGAAAAAGGAAAAUUGCUUCAAUGUUGCAUUUAAUUUUUUUGCUUGAAGCAUUACAUGCUUACAGAGAAUAAUAAAUUCCCUGGAAGAGCAUUCUUGUAUUGUGUAGUAGCCUAGUAGGGGGCUCAUUCUUUUUUCUUUCCUAGUACACUUGUAGUUCAGGUACUCACUGAUUACUUUGUGAUUAAUUUCCUUGCAGGAGUUACAAGAGGAAAUAAUAUGCGUCUUUUUUAA